CAGCGGCUCCGCGGCGGGGCUCUCCCUCGGAGCGGGCUGGCGGCGAUGAUGGAGUCGGUGCGGGCGCAGCGGCUGCAGCCCGGCGUGGGGACGCUGCGCUCCCUGCGGCCCGGCGUCACCGGCGCCCCCGCCGCCGCCUCGGCGCCCCCCCCGCCGCCCGCCCCGCCGCCCGCCGCGCUGGCGGCGCCACUGCCCGCCGCUCCGCCCCCGGCCGGGCUGGGGCUGGGGCUGGGGCUGCCGCCGCCGCCGCCCCCCCUGGGGCUGCAGGGACCCGCCGCGCCGCCGCCGCCCGGCGCCGGACCGCCCGCCGUGCUGCGGGAGGCGGUGGAGGCGGUGGUGAGGAGCUUCGCCAAGCACACGCAGGGCUACGGCCGCGUGAACGUCGUGGAGGCCCUUCAGGAGUUCUGGCAAAUGAAGCAGUCCCGUGGAGCUGAUCUGAAAAACGGAGCCCUCGUGGUGUACGAGAUGGUCCCUUCCAACAGUCCCCCUUACGUCUGCUAUGUCACCUUACCGGGAGGGAGCUGCUUUGGCAGUUUCCAGUUCUGUCCGACCAAGGCUGAGGCCCGAAGGAGUGCUGCGAAGAUUGCGCUAAUGAACUCGGUCUUUAAUGAGCAUCCCUCCCGAAGGAUCACAGAUGAGUUCAUCGAGAAGAGUGUUUCGGAAGCCCUGGCGUCUUUCAACGGCAAUCGAGAGGAAGCUGAUAAUCCCAACACCGGGAUCGGUGCUUUCCGCUUCAUGCUGGAAUCCAACAAGGGAAAAUCGAUGCUGGAGUUCCAGGAGCUGAUGACCGUCUUCCAGCUGUUGCAUUGGAACGGCAGCCUCAAAGCCAUGCGAGAGAGGCAGUGCUCGCGGCAGGAGGUCCUGGCUCACUACUCCCACCGCGCGCUGGACGAUGACAUAAGGAACCAGAUGGCCAUGGACUGGGUGAACAGGGAGCAGAACAGUCCAGGGGCCCUUUCCAGAGAGCUGGCUUCGACGGAGAGAGAGCUGGACGAAGCCCGCCUGGCCGGGAAGGAGCUGCGUUUCCAUAAGGAGAAGAAAGACAUCUUGAUGCUGGCGGCUGGCCAGCUGGGGAGCAUGCACUCCUCCAACUGCUAGGCGCUGGCGUGCAAGUUGUUCCACUCCCCCAGGCCUACUAACACCUCCACGCCGACGGGAUCCGUCCCGUGUCACGUAAAGCAUGUAAUGCCUCUUCCAGAAUCGUGGCCCGUUUGCACAUUUUAAAGAUUUUUUUUUUUUUUUAAACAAAACAAAACAAAAAAGCUCCUGUACAGAUUUUUAAACCUUUUAAUACUUGCUUUUAGACCUCCUCCUCAGCCUCCUAUCCACUAGAGAAUUCCUUCUGUCUCUUCCUUUUUUUUAAAGAUGGCAUUAAAAGCACGGCCUUUCGGUGUUAGCGCCGAAGACUGCCGCUGUACGUGGGUACUCUGUGGCCAGCAGCGUUCCACAAAACGUAGCACUUCUUCCAGGAAGCUUCUGUUCUUUGGAGCUGCUGCAUGUCACGCGGAUCUGCUUUUUUUUCUUUUUUUCUUUCCUUCCCUUCUGCUUCUAUCGUAGAGGUGGGGUCUACCAAAACUCCUUGAGAAGCACACUAACUAAAAACCCAACGAAACAAAACUACCGACGCAUUCUCUUGUAACACUACAAUGCAAGCUGCCUGGGGGAACGCUCCCAAGCACGUAAAAGGGAUUUUAAAACUGGGAUUUUGUUUUGGCCAGACUUAAGUCUACAGCGUUCGGGUUCCAAGCUGAGGCAGGAUCCGCGGUUCCCCCUCCAGCUGUCAGGUGCCUGUAUCUGUUCCUGCUCUGACUGUUCGCUUGUGGCGUAGGAUGUAGUUCCUUCUCUAAAUAACGCACCUAACAACAAACGACAAGGCCCCACGGUACGGAAGGGAUUGGACUCGGGUGUUUAAUUCAUCUGCACCAGCCAGAGCCUCCUGCUCCGCUCCCUUUCGGUCCUCUCUGGGUUCUCACCAGGUUUAACGUGGUCUGGCAGGGUGGCGAUGCCCAAGCUCUGCCCCAGCGACUGGGGCGGGGGGGGGUGAAGCAGCCGGUUUGUUUUGCUGGAAAUGGAGUUCGGGAGGUUUUUUUGGCUUCCCCAGCCAAGCCGGGGAGAUGCAAAUUUUAAAAAAUAUGUUACAAGAAACAAGAGAUGGACAUGCUGUUCUCUCUGGAGCAGCUUCCAAACCAAAUGUCAGACUUGGCCUUUUCGAGGAAGGUUUAAAAAAAAACCUUGCCAGAGUUUCAGGACUCGCUAGCAGUAAGAGGGGAAACUGCUCAGCUUCUCUCCCUGAAGGACCUUGUGGACACAAGCCUUCGUUAGGUAGGAUUGUGGUGAAGCCUCUGUUAACUCGGACUGUGGUGAAGCCUUUGAAGCGGAGCACAGAUCCAGCCCCGAGCAGCAAAAGCUCAGACUAAGGUUUGGCCUCGACUCUUGCUUCGCUUCAAAGGCAAACCUCCGAAACCUCGGCGUUACUGGGGACGACUCUUCGCAUUUCUGAGGGCUGAGGAGUUCUUCAGGGCAGCAGAUUGCGCGCAACUCGCCACUCCUAGGUGAGAGCUCGGCACGGGAGGAAGGGAGUCGCGUUGAAGGCAUGGGGCUGUGCGGUUCGACCCCCUGGCCCGGAGCGCUUGUGCGGCACAGCCUCGCACGAGGAGAGGGGGCUGUGGCGAGAGCUCGUGGAGCUGGGAGUGAGCUCGUUCCCUGGUCAUAGCGGCAACAAAACAAAGCGUUGCUGAAACAAAAAUCUCUAUAUGCACUAUUUUUUAAAACAAAUAAUUCCCUAUUCUUUCUAUACGUAUCAGUACUAAAUCUCUAUGAUGUUUAGAUUUGUAAAAAAACGCCCUUUACCGACGUUAAAAGUGUUCCUUCUGCUCAAGUUCAGCCAAGAAAACUACUUGUGCAGGGCAGAUGCUGUAUCACUCCCUGCGGUUCCGACAGGCGGCCGGGAAGAGCCAGCAGCACCUCAGCAGGAAUAAAUAAAUUACAGGCGGCCUUCUCCCAUCGCUGUUCGAGCAAUAGUUUCUGUUUUGAGAUGGAGAUUUAAAAAAACGCAUUAUCUGUAGGUUAUUCUAGUUUUGUAUUCUCGUCCUAACAAGCCUAGUUUGGUUUUUUUUUUAUAUAUUUUUUAUACGCAGCCUCUUUACACGACAGUAUUAAUGUUUCAUGCAUUUAUAAAUGUGAUUGUAAAUGGUGUGGAGUUGGAUUAUUAUUUUUUUUUUUUACAGGCUGGCAAUAUCUAGACCUUGUAUUUGAAUUUAAUCACUUGCUUUAGAAAUAGCGCAGAGUCUUAACGCCUCUCCACCAGCACUUCCACACCGGCGUGUAGCGUUCCGUCGCGUGAAAUGGUGAUUUAUCCGAGGGCCUGAUCCUGCAAGUAAGGGAACUCCUGAGAAACCUCUGCCCUGACGGCUGUGCGCGGCGCAGUAGGCUGCUCGGCGUUCCCGGCUUUUUGCACGUCGGGAUUUUAAUGCUUUUUGCCAAAUUCUCCCCGAUGUCCUGCAGGGCCGGGAGGGACACGAGGUGUUCCGGGCGCCGGCAGCCGCUCUCGGGUGGAUCAGGGAGGGUUCCCGUGUUCCCAGGCAUCCUGGUGGGAGGGAAAACAAAAAUUUGACACUGUGAUUUGUGGUUUUAGCAGUCCGGGCGCCGGCUUUGAGUCUCCGGAUCUGCCUGGAAGGUGAUAAAAUGCACAAAUCCAGGUUUUCUCAGCAUCCAAAAUGGGUGGUUGUUCUUGCUCGGGCUAUGUAAACGCAAAGCUGAAAGGAUAAAUCACCGUGCGGCGCUGCGGGUUGUACGUCUGAUUUUAUACAAUAAAACCGUAGAUUUUGGGGUA